GGCGUUAUUAUUGCCAACCGUGCUAACCUGGAAGUAACAGCGUUUACAGUAAGUUGUAUUUUGGCCAUCUUAGCUUUACGCCAGUUUUACAUGAUUCGCGAUUAGAUAGCCAAGUAACAUGGGUUUCCGAUACGUCGUGCGACAGUCAAAGCCCGAGGACUGUGGAAGCAUUCUGAGAUUAAUCAAAGAACUGGCAGAGUUCGAAGGAGAAGAUCCUGAUCGAGCUGUCCAAAACACGGAAGAAGAUUUACAGGAUGACUGCUUUGGAGACCAUGCUUACUUUCGCUGUCUUGUCACCGAGGCAAUCAGUGAUGCAGAUCAUGCGGACAAGGCGGAGAGGGGAACAGUGGUGGGUUAUGCCAUGUACUUCUGUGCAUACAGUGCCUGGAUUGGCAAGCUGAUGUACCUAGAAGAUCUCUUCGUUCAACCUGCACACAGAGUAGACUUGCGGGUAGACAACUUUGGAGACCAUGCCUUCUUUCAGUGUCUUGUAGCCGAGGCAAUCGAUGAUGGAGAUCCCACCGACAAAGCGCAAAGGGGGACAGUAGUGGGAUAUGCCAUGUACUUCUGUGCGUACAGCAGUUGGAUUGGGAGGUUGAUGUACCUGGAAGAUCUAUUUAUUCAGCCAGCACACCAAGGACAAGGUUUAGGAAAAGCAUUGGUCUGCAAGGUUGCACAGAUUGGGUCAGAAAAGGGCUGCAAGGGCAUGCAGUGGGUUGUUCAAGACUCCAACAACAGUGCCCGGCAGUUCUACAACCGGCUCGAUGCUGUUGACAUGACUGCGACGGAUGGCUGGCGAGUCAUGGGGUUACGAGGGGAGAACUUUUCACACGUCGCCAACUCGUUGACAAAUCUGGAAACCAACAACAUCCAGUGGCUUUGUUGAUGUCCCUGUUAAGGUGGCUCCAAUCCUAUGGUGCCACAACCUGCUGGUGGAAGAGUGGUGACGGUCUCAUUACCUUGGAGCAAGUAAAUCAAGAUUAACCCUCCUAUGUUGUAGUCACUCUUUGGGUCAGUUGGUAAACACCUCAAAGAAGCACAGCUGUGUUGUGUU